UUUCUUAUUUUCAGACUGGAGGAUUUGGAUAGAGAAGAGGGAGAAAGGGAAAGAUUUUUUUUUUGGUAAAACUGGGCAGCCAUCUUUUAUUUUAUUGAGAGCAUAUUAAAAGAAAUUAGCCUCACCUUCAGUGGACGUCUCCUCUGAAGCUGAAAAUCUGGGCAUUCAGAGGGUUAAGUUUCAGGACUUUAUUCCUGUAUCUCGGAUGUGAUUUUCUUGUUAUGCGGUAAAGAUGCCCGGAUCGCUAAGCAAUGAAGAUGAGGGGCAAGACGAUGUGGAUUUUGAGGACGACGUGCCAGAUGAGGAUGAGGAAGGUGAACGUCGGAGGAGUGUUCCCCUGUCACCCUUAGAGAGGUUCUUCUCUGAGGAUGAUUCGGUUAAACAACACAAGAAGAAGAAACCCAGCAAGAUAAUGGAGGGAAAGGAGCCCAAAAUGAAGAAAAAGAAGAAGAAGGAGGGACUUCCUAGUGGACUAGAUGACAUGUCAGACAGAGAGGAUCACGGUCACAGGUCAGGAAGUGAGAGCAGCACCUACAGCUCCCUGAAGAAGAAAAAGAAGAAGCCCAAAGAGAAGAAGGAGAGGAAAACCAAACAGCGGAAGAAAGACGAUGAUGAGGACGAUGAUGAUGACGAUGAUGGAAACUUAAAGGAGCCAAAGUCCUCCAGUCAGCUGAUGCAAGAGUGGGGUCUUGAAGAUGUGCAGUACGCCUUUUCAGAGGACGACUAUAAAACCAUCACCAACUACAAAGCCUUCAGCCAGUUUCUUAGGCCUCUCAUUGCCAAGAAGAACCCCAAGAUCCCCAUGUCAAAAAUGAUGACGGUGCUUGGAGCAAAGUGGAGAGAGUUCAGUGCGAACAACCCUUUCAAAGGCACCUCUGCAACUGCUGUAGCGGCUGCCGUAGCUGCUGCCGUGGAAACUGUCAAUGUGGCUCCACCCAUCUGUAUUAGAAGUAUCCAACAGAUCUCACCAUCUGGGCCAAUCAAAAAAGCCAAAACCAAAGAGGGAAAGGGGCCUGGUGCUAAAAAAAAAAGUAAGCCAGUGAAAGAAACAAAAAAGAAAGGGAAACCGAAGAAGUCCAAAUCAAAAGCAGGCCAGGGUGGAAAAAGAAAAAAAGGCUCUUCGAGCGAGGAGGAUUUCCUGGAUGACUUUUCAGACUUUGAUGACAUCAGCAUUCACAGUGCCUCUGUACUCUCAGACACUUCAGCGGCACCCAAAAAGAAAUCAGCCCGCCGAGGACGAAAAAAAAGAAAAAGAGAGGAUGGAGACGGCUACGAGACAGACCAUCAAGAUUACUGCGAGGUCUGUCAGCAGGGAGGAGAGAUCAUUCUAUGUGACACCUGUCCCAGAGCAUAUCACCUGGUGUGUCUGGAUCCAGAACUGGAGAAAGCCCCUGAGGGCAAAUGGAGCUGCCCCCACUGUGAAAAAGAAGGCAUUCAGUGGGAGGCCAAAGAUGACGAAGAGGAGGAAGACGAGGUUGCUGGUGAGGAGGAAGAUGACCACAUGGAGUUCUGCAGAGUGUGUAAGGACGGAGGAGAGCUGCUGUGCUGUGACACCUGCCCUUCCUCCUACCACAUCCACUGUCUCAACCCACCACUUCCUGAAAUUCCCAAUGGAGAAUGGCUGUGUCCACGAUGCAUGUGUCCCCCGUUAAAAGGGAAAGUCCAGAAGAUUCUGCACUGGGCGUGGAGCGAUCCUCCUCUACCACCUGAGGUUCCUCUUGGACGAGAUGGAGAGAAGGUAGACGGUUUGGCCAAAGUGCCGCUGAAGGGUCGUCCAGAGAGGCAGCUGUUUGUGAAAUGGGCUGGGCUGUCUUACUGGCACUGCUCCUGGGUCAGCGAACUACAGUUGGAGCUAUAUCACACAGUAAUGUACCGUAACUAUCAGCGUAAAAACGACAUGGACGAACCGCCACCAUACGACUAUGGCUCUGGGGAAGAGGAACUUAACAGCGAGAAGAGGAGGAGCAAAGACCCCCAGUAUGCAGCCAUGGAGGAACGAUUCUACCGUUACGGCAUCAAGCCGGAGUGGAUGAUCAUUCACCGGAUCCUCAACCACAGUUUUGAUAAGGAUGGCGAUGUACACUACCUGAUUAAGUGGAGAGAUUUGCCAUACGAUCAGUGCACCUGGGAGACUGAUGACUUUGACAUCCCAGAUUGUGACAGCUUUAAACAAGCCUACUGGGAUCACAGGGAUCAGGUGCUUGGAGAAAGCCAUCACCCCCUGCUGUUCAGAAAGGGAAAGCGACUCAAAGAGGAAGGAAAGAGGAGAGAACCUCCACCGGACACUCCAAUUGUGGAUCCUACCAUCAAGUUUGAACAGCAGCAGUGGUACAUUGAUGACACGGGGGGAACUUUGCACCCAUACCAACUGGAAGGCCUGAACUGGUUGCGAUUCUCUUGGGCCCAAGGAACCGACACAAUCUUGGCUGAUGAAAUGGGGCUUGGCAAGACUGUGCAGACUAUAGUGUUCCUGUACUCACUCUACAAAGAGGGUCACUCCAAAGGGCCGUUUUUGGUCAGUGCGCCGCUCUCCACCAUCAUCAACUGGGAGAGAGAGUUUGAGAUGUGGGCUCCGGAUUUCUAUGUUGUGACUUACACGGGGGACAAAGACAGCAGGGCUGUCAUACGUGAGAAUGAAUUUACCUUUGAGGAUGGCACCGUCAAAUCAGGACGCAAGGUUUUCCGCAUGAAGAAGGACACACCGAUCAAGUUUCAUGUCCUGUUGACGUCAUAUGAACUCAUCACCAUUGAUCAGGCAAUACUUGGCUCCAUUGCCUGGGCCUGUUUGGUUGUGGAUGAAGCCCACCGCUUGAAGAAUAACCAGUCAAAGUUUUUCAGAAUUCUGAAUGGCUACAAAAUCUACUAUAAGCUGCUCCUGACAGGAACCCCUUUGCAGAACAAUCUCGAAGAGCUUUUUCACCUGCUCAACUUUCUCACCCCGGAGCGCUUCAAUAACCUGGAGGGCUUUCUGGAGGAAUUUGCGGACAUCUCGAAAGAGGACCAGAUUAAGAAACUACACGACCUGUUGGGGCCGCACAUGCUCAGGAGACUGAAGGCAGACGUGUUUAAGAACAUGCCAGCAAAAACUGAGCUGAUAGUGCGAGUAGAGCUCAGCCCCAUGCAGAAGAAAUACUACAAGUUCAUUUUAACACGGAACUUUGAGGCAUUGAAUUCUAAGGGAGGAGGGAACCAGGUGUCUCUUCUUAACAUCAUGAUGGACUUGAAGAAAUGCUGCAACCAUCCCUACCUGUUUCCAGUGGCUGCAGUGGAAGCUCCAGUCUUACCCAAUGGUUCAUAUGAUGGCAACCUCCUGGUGAAAUCCUCAGGAAAACUCACCCUGCUUCAAAAGAUGCUCAAAAAACUGAAAGAUGAAGGGCACAGAGUUCUCAUCUUCUCUCAGAUGACAAAGAUGCUAGAUCUGCUAGAGGACUUCCUGGAGUUUGAGGGGUAUAAAUAUGAGCGUAUUGAUGGUGGCAUUACGGGGGGACUGCGACAGGAGGCCAUCGAUCGCUUUAACGCACCCGGCGCUCAGCAGUUCUGUUUUCUGCUGUCUACACGUGCUGGAGGAUUGGGUAUCAAUCUGGCAACCGCAGACACAGUGAUCAUAUAUGACUCUGACUGGAACCCACACAAUGAUAUUCAGGCAUUUAGCAGGGCACAUCGUAUCGGGCAAAAUAAAAAGGUGAUGAUCUACCGUUUUGUAACUCGGGCAUCGGUAGAGGAGCGUAUUACCCAGGUAGCCAAGCGAAAGAUGAUGCUAACCCAUCUGGUGGUGCGUCCCGGCUUGGGCUCUAAGACGGGCUCCAUGUCGAAACAGGAACUAGACGAUAUCCUUAAGUUCGGCACUGAGGAGCUUUUUAAAGAUGAUGUGGAAGCCGCCAGAGCGAUGGGAGAUAAUAAAGAAGGAGAGGAGGGCAGUGUGAUCCACUACGACGAUAACGCCAUUUCCAAACUGCUGGACCGUAGCCAGGAUGCCACCGAAGACACAGAGAUCCAGAACAUGAAUGAGUACCUGAGCUCAUUCAAGGUUGCUCAGUAUGUUGUGAGAGAGGAGGAUGGAGAGGAGGAGGUCCAGAGGGAGAUUAUUAAGCAGGAAGAGAAUGUUGAUCCAGACUACUGGGAGAAGCUCUUGAGGCACCAUUAUGAGCAGCAGCAGGAGGAUUUGGCCCGGAACCUGGGCAAAGGGAAACGUAUCCGCAAACAGGUCAACUAUAAUGACGCCUCUCAGGAGGACCAAGAGUGGCAGGAUGAUCUUUCAGAUAAUCAAUCGGAGUACUCCGUUGGGUCCGAGGAUGAGGAUGAAGAUUUUGAGGAACGUCCUGAAGGAGGACGCAGACAAUCUCGCAGACAGUUGAAGAGCGAUCGGGACAAACCAUUGCCACCGCUGCUGGCUAGAGUUAGUGGAAAUAUAGAGGUUUUGGGAUUUAACGCCCGGCAGCGGAAAGCCUUCCUGAAUGCGAUUAUGCGCUGGGGUAUGCCCCCACAAGAUGCCUUCAACUCUCACUGGCUGGUCCGUGACCUGAGAGGAAAAAGCGAGAAGGAGUUCAGGGCUUAUGUAUCUCUGUUCAUGAGGCACCUGUGUGAGCCAGGGGCAGACGGAGCAGAGACAUUUGCAGAUGGAGUCCCGAGGGAAGGCCUAUCCCGCCAACAUGUUCUCACCCGGAUCGGUGUCAUGUCUCUGGUCCGCAAGAAGGUUCAGGAGUUCGAGCAUGUGAAUGGGAAGUUUAGUACACCAGAUUUGAUUCCUGUGGGAUUGGAGCUGAAAAAACUUACUGAAAGUGUCUCUUCUGACCCCAAUACACCUGUUCCUGCCAGUCCUGUUCCAACUCAACCCAGCACCCCUGUUCCUUCAGAAAAGACAGAGUCAGUGUCCGGUUCUCAAGAAGACAAAGAGAUUACAGAACCAGAGAGUACCAAAUCGCUGGACCCUGAGCAGCAGGUUAUGCCAGAACCGUCCCCUGCACCAGAGAAAUCUAACGAGGGUGAAGAUCAAAAAAGUGCAAGUCCAGAAGGAAAAGCAAUGGAAGAGAGCGAGAAGAAUGACAUCCCUUCUGUCCUUUUAGAGCCAUCGUCCAAUCAAGCACAGCCGUCCAGUAAACCUAGUGAGCAGUCGGCCAAUCAGACACCUUUAGACUGUGGUAAAGGGAAAGAAACUUCUCCAGAGAGAAGGGAAAAUAAACCCAGCCCAGCAAAAAUAGAUGAUAAGGAGCAAAAACCAGCCAUUCCUGACGAUUUAAAAUCUGAAGACCCCCCUGAGAACCAACUGAAUGGUGAGAAAGACGCGAGGGAUGAUGUGGAUGAGAGCCACAGAGAUGAAAAGAACAGCAUCAAGACUCGUUUCAUGUUUAAUAUCGCAGAUGGAGGAUUCACAGAAUUACACACGCUGUGGCAGAACGAGGAACGUGCAGCUGUGUCAUCUGGCAAAAUGUAUGACAUCUGGCACCGUCGCCAUGACUACUGGCUGCUAGCUGGCAUCGUAACACACGGCUAUGCCCGCUGGCAGGACAUUCAGAACGACCCUCGCUACGCCAUCCUCAACGAGCCUUUCAAGACUGAAAUGCACAAAGGGAACUACUUAGAAAUGAAGAAUAAAUUUCUUGCCCGACGUUUUAAGCUCCUGGAACAGGCGUUGGUAAUUGAGGAGCAGCUUCGGCGAGCGGCGUACCUGAAUAUGACUCAGGAUCCCAGUCACCCCGCCAUGGCCCUCAACACACGCUUCGCAGAGGUGGAGUGCCUGGCUGAGUCCCAUCAGCACCUCUCCAAAGAGUCACUGGCUGGUAACAAGCCAGCCAAUGCUGUGCUGCACAAAGUGUUGAAUCAGCUGGAGGAGCUGUUAAGUGAUAUGAAGGCUGAUGUGACGCGGUUGCCCUCCAUGCUUUCGCGGGUCCCACCCGUAUCCGCCCGGCUCCAGAUGUCAGAGCGGGGCAUCCUCAGCAGACUCACCAGCCGGGGCAACGAGCCGCCACCUCAGCAGCCUUUCCCUCAGGGCUCUUUCGGCUGUUCUCAAAUGUAUAAUAGUGGUUUCGCCGGAGGGUUCCGUGGACCUGGAGGCACCGCGAUGGUGAACUACAGCCAGAUGCCCCUGGGGCCGUAUGUCAGCGUGUCCUCAAAUGGACCUCCGGCUCCAACCAGCCACCUAGAAAAGAAGUCCAGUGAUGCUCUGCGAGAUGUGGCCACCCCUGAUUUAAAAUCAGGCAAACCUAGCGAUGUUAUAUGCAUUGAGGACUAGCACGCAGCCGUUCCGUCCUCCUUCUGUACAAUACUUAUGGACAAAACUGUGGAGGACUCCUCCAAACUAUGAAUAUUAAACAGCAAACCUUAUCAGUUGCACUUUUGUCUUUCAGAAUCUGUACUUGUAUGCGCCUGUAAGUUUCAUUCAGUAGAGUUCGGUUCUCUUUUGUUCUUUUUCAACUUCUGCGAUACGAAAGUCUUGAUCGAUUAAGGACAGACUAAGGACGCUUACAAAGAGGGCACCAUUGUUCCGACAGUCCUCUUUUGAGUUUUUUUAGAAUUAUUAUUUUUACAUCGUGGCUUGUUUUCCUCAAUGGCCAUGAAGGACAUUUUCAUCUCUGCUAAUGUUGAGCCAUCUGGAGGUGCUACUAGUUCCUGGCCAGUUCACGGACCGGACGUCCCACCUCUACAGCCUGUGCUUUGCUCCUGGCUCUGCUCAUGGAUUGUGUAUUGUUGCUGCCCCUGCAGGUUAUCGCUGUGUAUUGCAUCUAAACACAGAAUAUAGUGCAAUGACUGUCAUUUUUUCUGGAAAACUUCAGAUGAUUUUACAGUACGUCACCACUGAUUUUUUGCUUGUACUGGAUUGUUUUUUUUAGUUUACAUUCCUCUUUAAAAAGAAGUUGACCAAGAGUGUUGACCAUGAUGAUUGAAAGGUGCUCUCAGUAAUUUUUUUUUUCAUUUCGAAAAUGUUGUGUGCACUUAAAAUCAGCAGUAGCCUAUUAAAAAAAGCUUAUUUACAUAGGGUCGGGCUGCUUCGUGUUAGGUCACGUGACCUACUUAAUAAUACUCACUAAGCAAAAAUUACAGAUUGCACCUUUAAAAGCAGUAUUAAAGGGGUGGUUGAUUGUGAUUUCACUUUUUAACGUUAGUUAGUGUGUAAUAAUGCUGUUUGUUUGUACAAACAAUAUCUGCAACAUCUAUAAGUUGAAAGUUGAGUGAAAACAGAGAUAUCUCUCUUAAAAUGAUGACAGUUUAAUGCCUACAAAAUAAUAAACUGUGUUCCAAAUAUACACUUUAGACAGAUAUUUUUCACAUAGCUAUGAGAAGCAUUAAACGUGGACGAGCUUGCAGAUGCUGUGCUGUAUUAAAGCUUUAAUCAGGAUUAAAAUGUAUAUUAGACGCCAAAGGAAGCAGCGGCAUUUAAAAAUAACCGUUUCUAGAAGUAUGAGGCAACAGCAAAACUUAGCAUAGUCGUGUGCUUGAGCAGGUUCUGCUCGAUUCUCUGCGUUUCAAUAGGCUCGAAUUGAAAAGCGAUAUAAACCGUUUACGAUACAACUGGAGCGCAUGUGGCUGAGGUGAGGGGCGGGACUUGUAGACGCACACUAGAGGCGGCUUAGCCAAUCACAACACACUGAGCCAGCUAAUCAAUAUCACGUAUGGGCUUCAUUAAAACAGGAAAUCAUUGGAUAGUGCAAAAGAGAAGGGAUGGCAAGGUGUAGAAUAAAUAAAUAGAUUAUGUGAAAAAUAAUGGGUUUUUUUUAAACAUACAGAAUUAAAAGCAUUAACACGUGUUAGACUGCACCCCAUUGACACAAUAAAAUAAAAAAAACCAGUCAAACACCCCUUUAAAUCAAUGGCAAAUGGAAUGUUUCAUGAACUUUGAGCUGAAACUUUAAAAAAAAGUAAACAAUUUUAAUGGAAUGUUUCAUUUUAAAUGCAUCUGGCAGGCGGUUUAAUAUUUUCAUAUGUCCCUCAGUUUGUAAAAAACGAAACAAAAUGCGUUUAUAGUCAUUUAUUUGCAAUAUAUGGGGUAACUGUACAGACAUUUAAGACGGAGUAAACUCUGCCCACAAUUGCGUAAGCCUGGAAAUUUUAACAUAUAAAAAGAAGUCUCGCAAUUUUGUAUAUUCAGUUGUUUUAUAUAAAUUCAAUUUAAUUAUUUUUAAACUUUUCGAUGUUUCACUUUUGCUGACAUGUAGGCGCUUGAACACAAUACAAGCUUCACAUUUCUGAUGCAAUGCAUUUUCAUAAAGACAUUUUGUUUUUAUUUUACAAAGUGAGGGACAAGCCAAGUUUCUAUUGUAUUAUUAUAUUAUUGUUAUAAACUGUUAUUAUAUUAUAUUCAUGCGAUCAGCAGCAUGUCUGGAAUAUUUCUGUUUUUUUAGUUCUCUUGUGCAUUUUGUCUACCAUGCUCCUAACUUCCUCAAAUUCAGAUGCUUUUAAUUUGUAAGCUUUUUGUAUUAUUACUGUUAUCAUAUACUUUUUACUGUCAGAUGCAUUUUGCUUGACAUUUUGUGAAUUGCUGACCCCAAGUGCAUCGGUUUUUCUAGGCCGAGCUUAUGGAUAGUAUUGACAUGAUUGUUCUGGUGCCAUAAGUGGUGUGGAUAUGGAUUGUUUUUGUUUCAUUUGAAAUAAUAUGCCUUGUGUAACAGUGUUUUUAAGCAGCGCACUUUAUAUGGAGAUCAGAUGUGACCAUAGAGACGGCAUCUCCUAUGGGCCAUUUAAAACGCAGUAGAAACCUCUUUUAAUAACUUGUAUACUCAGUUUCAGUCUGUGGUAUUAGUCAUGUUAAUUAAUGUAGAUGAAGUAUUUUGUUUGUUUUCUGCAUCUUAGCAUCAAUGUAAAUGGCACUGAAGUGUCAUGGCUGACCGUAAACGUGAUCAUAGCUUCUUUUGCAGUAGUUUUAACUUAAGGGGUUCGAGAUGAUCAUUUUUGUGUAAAUUAUGAAUGUUGGGAAAAAAAUGCAGUUAAAUGUUCACACGCACACUUGCGCUAGGAAAAAAAAUGAUUUCAGUGAAACACAAAGACAGCCUCAAGAGUCAAGGGACCUUAAAUCCAAGGUUAUUAAGAGAGAGCCAGCAGCAUAAAAUGUGUUGUGAAAUUAAGUUUUGUUUUAAUCCUGUGUGAUGAGUUUACACCAUUUCAUUUGUACUUUUUAUCACAGUAUUGAUAUUGGCAUUAAGCUCCAUUUAAAUGCAAUCAAACUGAAGCCAAAAUGAAUGUAUUAAGUAUUUAAAAAGCUUCAGUCUAAUAUUAGAAGUCUUUUCAUUCACGUACACACUAGGCUUCAAAAGCUACUAAAAGACCCUGGUCAAGACACCUUUGUUGCAAUGAACGCACAGCAUGUGAGAUGUCUCUAGAUUAUUUUUGACCAGAGGGAUCUUUGUUCUGGUUUUUAAACAGCUGUGAGAAAAAAAACAGUAAACGGUUAUUCUGCAGAGAUAAGAAAAUGGAAAACAGAUAAGUGAACUACCAUCAUUUCACUUUGUACUCAGUGUAUUUGUUUAAUGUUUUAAUAAAUCCUCUACAAUAAGAA